AUACAAAGCAGAGCCUUCAUCGAUCUCUGAGUUUUUUGGGAUCCUUUUCGGAUUCAAAAGAGAAGAAGAAGAUAACAUGGCGGUGGCCAACGCACGGCCCUCACUUCACUGUAGGCCUUAUUUCUACUGCUCCUCUUCUUCUUCCCCAAAAAAUCAUUUCAUAUUUUCCAGACAAUAUCCGAUUAUUAUCCCCCCCCACAGCAACUGCUCGUGCAUCAGUAGCGGCCGCAAGUUCUCGAAAUUCAUUUUUAGUGGCGGUAAAGAUGGUUCAAGCUCUACUUCCCCUAUUGGAAACCGUAGCUGCUCUUCCUCUUCUGAUCAUACUACUAUUUCGGAUUUGUCUGGUUGGGACUGGACGCAAUGGACUCGGCAUUUCACUGAAAUAGAGCAAGCUGAGAGCUAUGCUUCUAUUCUCAAGUUUGAACUAGAAGAUGCAGUAGAGAAUGAAGAUUUCCAAGAAGCUGCAAAGUUGAAAAAAGCCAUUGCUGAAGCAACUUCAAAGGACACUAUCACAGAAAUUAUGUCAGGACUGAAGGAUGCAAUAGCUGAAGAGCGUUACCAUGAUGCUUCGAGAUUGUGUCGAAGCACGGGAAGUGGUCUGGUUGGUUGGUGGGUUGGCUACUCAAAGGGCUCUGACAAUCCAUUUGGUAGAUUGAUACGUAUAUCUCCUGCUAUGGGCAGAUUUAUUGCCAGGAGUUAUACCCCAAGGCAGUUGAUCAAUGCUUCUCCUGGAACACCGCUAUUUGAGUUCUAUGUCAUAAAAAAAGCUAACAGUUCUUACAACAUGCAGGCGGUAUUCUUGAAGCGAACCAAAUCAAUUAAACCGAAUCCAUUUUCAUUGAACUCAAAACCGGUGGGAUCUUCCACUGCUGAUAUUGAGGAUGCAUCAGUUAUUGAUGCUAAGGUCAAUGAUAAUGAAAUUGAAAAAAGAAAUGGAAAAGGCAUGGAUUCUGAGGAAGCUGCUGAGGAAGGGGUAAAAAGCGUGAUAAAUUUUCUCAAAGAUAGAAUUCCUGAUUUGAAACUGAAAGUUAUUAAACUAAACGUCACUGAAGAGAGUGAUUCUGCGAGGCAAGCAAUAGAAGAAGUCAGUGAAAACAGUAGUGAUGAGAAUAAUGGUAAUAUAUCCAGUGAAUUUAGUGAGGAAGAAGUUGCUGAAAGUCAUGAAACCAGUAACCUUGAUGACAAUAAUCAUAUUCAAAUUCCGGAGGGAGGUGAGAGCACCACAUCUGAAGAUGAUCAGAGUCCAGAAAUAAAACUUUUUGUAGGUGGAGUUUUUCACGAUAAAGAAGAUAAUCCAACCAAAGAUGAGUUUAUUCGUGUACCGGCAGAAAUUAAAGAUCUAGAGAGAGAUUCUUUUGUGUUCCACAUUCCAAGGACAUAUCAAGAUCUUGAUGGUGUAGAAAAUUCUCAAUCUGCAGUUAGUGUGGCAACUAUAGCUGCCCAAAGUGUUUCCGAACUUAUGCCUCCUGAUGUGGCAAAGGCUUUUUUAUUUUCUGACAAAGUUUCUCCAAAGAUUUCAAAAAAAGUGAGAGAAAUACUGAAGCUUGGGAUUGGUCAGGCACAGAAUUGGAAUAGAUUGUCUGAAUAUACAAGUUUUACUAAGGUCACAACAUCUGGCAGCAAUUUAGAUCCUUUUGAUGGUCUCUAUGUAGGGGCGUUUGGACCUUAUGGUACUGAGAUAGUGCACAUAAAGCGUAAAUACGGCAACUGGAAUUCACACGAUGAAGAGAAAUCAUCUGAUAUUGAGUUCUUUGAGUAUGUUGAGGCAAUAACAUUAACAGGCGAUCUAAAUGUUCGUGCUGGCGAGGUGAUAUUUCGUUGUAGAAUUGGAAAAGGAAUCCGAUCUACUAACAAAGGGAUGUACCCAGUUGAGCUAGGAGUGGUUCCGGAGUAAAGGACGAAGCAUGAGAACUGUUAGAAUGACCUCUGGUAUGCGACGAGUUCAUACUUUCCUCCCGGCGAUGAUGUUUAGACACCUGCGACCGACGACCGUCCUCUUCUCCUAUGGCGAUCACCGUGUAACAUCAGAUUCUUCAGUUCGGCCACCGUCUCACGCAAGCCAAGCAGUUCGUUCAUGGCAGUUUUCACUUCCGCUAAGUUGUGUUCUAGGUUUUCCACACGUUGCUCCAUUCUCGCUCGAGUGAAGACCAUGUGCAGUUGUAAUCGACCAGACUUUCAUCUUCAAUAAAUCGUAAAUUUCUGCUGCUUUUGUUGAGGCUGCAAGCUACAAAGGCCAAGGUAGAAUAGCAGAACCUGGUUUCAAAAAUCCCAAGUGGGUUGAAGGGGAGUUGCUUCAACUCGAUGGCAAGGGUUUUGGGCCACACAUUAAAGGUGCAGAUCUUGGUUUUCUGUACACCGAUCUAGAGCAGAGCUUUCUUCUGCUUUUCAGUCGUUUGAAGCUACCAGACUAGGCUCCUCGGCCUAAUGCAUGUGAAUAUCAACCUUAAUGGAGGUAGUGGCGUGCAGUUUUGAGCCCUCAGUCUCGCGGCUAGACUCAGAAAAAGAGAGUUUUACACCAUAUGUUUGUGUUGGGUUGAAUAUUGAAAAUGUGUAGUUUAUCAAACAGAUGGAGAUCUUCAAGACUUCAACCUUACCAUGUGACGUUGUAACUUAAAUAGUAUUUGCUAACACAUAGCUAAAUGUAUCAUAUAUGCCUAUGCUUAACAGCUCAAGGGACAUAUAUUACCCGUAUAUGCUAUGCUAAAAGUGACAUUGAGGAAGGGCGGAGGAAUACUUGGGUUGGCUUUUUUCGAACAAUUUACAUGUGUGAAGGGAACUAGUGCAUUUGAUUUUA